ACCAUUACAUUACACUUGCAGAACCGCCAUAGGCAAGCCCAUAAGCAAAGCUUAUAAAUAAGGCAAGCCAUACAAUUCGGUCCAAACCUUAACACUUACUAACAAACAACAAAAAGGAAACAGUGGAACCGAAAAAUCAAGACCUCGUAUCUGAAUCAGACUUGUUCUCAAAGAAACCCCUUUUUUCAUCAAAAUCUCUUCUUCUGGUGCAAUAAUGGCGACAGUUGGUAUCGAAAGGAAACACCCGGAGUCAAUGAUCGCCGACGAGACGUGUUCCGCUAAGCCUGCUGUUAAACAAGGAGAGGGACUCAGACAAUAUUAUCUCCAACAUAUUCAUGAGCAUCAGCUUCAGGUCCGACAAAAGACCCAUAACCUUAAUCGACUUGAAGCUCAGCGCAAUGAGCUUAAUUCUAGAGUGAGGAUGCUAAGAGAAGAACUACAGCUGCUUCAGGAACCUGGGUCUUAUGUUGGUGAAGUUGUCAAAGUAAUGGGGAAAAAUAAAGUGCUUGUUAAGGUUCACCCGGAAGGGAAAUAUGUUGUUGAUAUUGAUAAAAAUAUUGAUAUCACUAAGAUCACACCAUCAACCAGGGUUGCCCUCCGUAACGACAGCUAUGUUCUUCACUUGGUCUUGCCGAGCAAAGUUGAUCCGUUGGUCAACCUUAUGAAAGUGGAAAAGGUUCCAGACUCUACAUAUGACAUGAUUGGUGGUCUUGACCAGCAAAUUAAGGAGAUAAAGGAGGUCAUCGAGCUUCCUAUCAAGCAUCCUGAAUUGUUUGAAAGUCUUGGAAUUGCACAACCAAAGGGUGUUCUUCUAUAUGGGCCUCCUGGCACAGGAAAAACACUGUUGGCUAGGGCAGUAGCUCAUCAUACUGACUGUACUUUCAUUAGGGUUUCUGGCUCUGAAUUAGUUCAGAAAUACAUUGGUGAAGGCUCGAGAAUGGUCAGAGAGCUCUUUGUCAUGGCAAGGGAGCAUGCUCCAUCUAUCAUUUUCAUGGAUGAAAUUGAUAGUAUUGGAUCUGCUAGAAUGGAAUCUGGGAGUGGAAAUGGUGACAGUGAGGUGCAGCGGACUAUGCUUGAGCUUCUUAAUCAGCUGGAUGGAUUUGAAGCAUCAAACAAGAUCAAGGUCUUGAUGGCAACGAAUAGGAUCGACAUUCUGGAUCAAGCUCUCCUUAGGCCUGGACGAAUUGACAGGAAAAUAGAAUUUCCGAAUCCUAAUGAAGAUUCCCGUCUAGAUAUCUUGAAAAUCCAUUCGAGAAGAAUGAAUUUGAUGCGUGGGAUUGAUUUGAAAAAGAUUGCAGAGAAAAUGAAUGGUGCAUCUGGAGCAGAGCUCAAGGCUGUGUGCACAGAGGCAGGAAUGUUUGCUCUAAGGGAGAGGAGGGUCCAUGUAACACAGGAAGAUUUUGAGAUGGCUGUAGCGAAGGUCAUGAAGAAGGAGACAGAGAAGAACAUGUCACUGAGGAAACUUUGGAAAUAGAUUUUACAUUAUGCAUUUUAUGUUGUAUUUCCUAAACCAGUGCAAAAAUGAAGAAAAAGAAUCAGAUAUUGGCCAGCUCGCAAUGUUGAAUAUUUGCAGGACUGGUGUUUCCUGCAUGGGACCUAGUUGCCAUCAGGCAUGUGCUUUUUAUUCACAGGGGUGAGGUCAAGGGAGCUUACUAAAUGCAUGGUUGAUCCUUGUCGAGGGGCACUUUCUAAGACAGUUGUUUAUCAUUGUUCUUGACCUGUUGAUUGUCUUUGUAACCAUGGAUCCUCUUUAUAAUUUCAAGUAUUACUUUUCUUGAUUUGA